UUGACACUUGUGAAAUAUUGUUUGUUUGUUUUGGUACUAUUCGAGUGUUCUUUCUGCCUGACAGUAGCGUUAGGUAGAGAGAGUUUUUGCAUGUACAAAGAUAUAGCCUAGUUUCAAGGCUGAAUUCUCGGUCUCUUCUUUAGAAUUAAUCUUUUGGUUCUUUUGAUUUCAUACUUAAUAUUUCUGAUCUAGAGACGAGGUUCAAGAAACAGAGAUUUUUUCUGCUAGCUUAUCUUUGUUGCCAAAAAUGCAGUUGAAUUGGAAAGAAUAGAGUGAUUGUUUCUUAGUUUUUGACAUGGUAUUUAUAUUUUCAGCUCAAGAAAAAUGGUUAAAAGAAUUAUCGACUUGCGAUCUGAUACAGUUACAAAACCAACUGAAGCAAUGAUAGCAGCUGCAGCUAACGCUGAUGUAGAUGACGAUGUGCUAGGUUAUGAUCCUACUGCUUCUCGUUUCGAAGCAGAAAUGGCAAAAAUCAGCGGCAAAGAAGCAGCUUUAUUUGUUCCAUCAGGAACAAUGGCUAAUUUAAUUAGUGUGCUCGUUCAUUGCGAAGUACGAGGAAGUGAAGUAAUUUUUGGUGAUAAUUGUCAUAUUAAUAUUUAUGAGAAUGGUGGGAUUUCAACUAUCGGAAAUGUUCAUUCAAGAACUGUGAAGAAUAAUAGCGAUGGAACCAUGGAUAUCGAUUUGAUUGAAGCUGCUAUUAGAGAUCCUCAAGGAGAUCUUUACUACCCUUCCACUAGGCUUAUCUGCUUGGAGAACACUCAUGCAAAUGUUGGUGGUAGAUGCAUCACUGCUGAAUACACAGAUAAAGUCGGAGAGCUAGCUAAGAAGCAUGGGGUGAAGCUCCACAUUGAUGGGGCACGCAUCUUUAAUGCAUCAACUGCUCUUGGAGUUCCGGUUCACAGGCUUGUACAAGCUGCUGAUUCUGUUUCGAUAUGUCUUUCCAAAGGUCUGGGUGCUCCUAUUGGAUCUGUUAUUGUUGGUUCAAAGAAUUUUAUCGCCAAGGCUAAAAUUUUGAGGAAAACCUUAGGUGGUGGGAUGCGUCAAGUUGGAUUUAUAUGUGCUCCAGCUUAUGUCGCAUUGCAGGAAAAUGUUCGAAAGCUUGAGGGUGAUCACAAGAAAGCUAAGAUUUUUGCAGAUGGAUUGAAUCGAAUCAGUGGAUUACGAGUGGAUAAAUCCUCAGUGGAGACCAACAUGGUAUUUUUCGAUAUAUUAGAGGAUUCCCACAUCAUGGUGGACCAACUUUGCAAGAUUUUGAAAGAACACGGUGUGCUCAUGAUGCCAGUAAGCACAUCAAGUAUCCGGAUUGUGCUGCACCAUCAAAUCACAGAAAGUGAUGUCCAAUAUGCAAUUUCAUGCACUCAGCAAGCUAUUCUUCAACUCCAAAGUGAAAGGAAUGGAAAAUGAGACAAAAGUUAUAUCAGACUGCUCACUGGUACUGCUGCAUGACCACAUUAGCUCAACUCCAAUAUAUUGCAUGCGGAAGAAGUUUCCCGGUAUCAAUGUUUAAAACACCAGUUCUCAUUUUGAACUUCUUAAAUGUCUGUUGUGUAUAUUUUGGAGACUAGGACCAAACUUUUUAGAAUUGAAAUCAUAAUUUCUCUACUCAAUUUCCUCCA